UCGCGUUACGUUCCGUCCCGCUCCGGCUGUCCGCGGUUGCAGCCAGGAAGAACAACGCGCAGCAGGUAGGACGGCUAGGUCCAAGCUCCGCACCUCCCGCCGCUCACGGUUCUCGCGGGGGGCUGCUGAUAAGGUGCCUGUGGGAGACACAGGGAGUUGGCAUGGCACAACCCAAUGCACCCCCUCUCUAUGAUGACAAGAACCCCCUUUACCCCCCACCCCCAGCGGGGUACCCCCAGCCCCCCCACUAUGCUGGGGGGUACCCACAGCCUGGGGGAUAUCCCACAGCAGGGGGGUAUGCACACCCUGGGGGCUAUCCAGCAGCAGGGGGGUACCCCCAACCAGGAAUGGCCAUGCCCACCAUGCCAGUUCGGUUUGGUGAUGGCAUUGGCAUUGGUGAUGGCUCACCCUUCCAAUCAGCCGACUGGGAUGACAGGAAAGUCAGGCACACCUUCAUCCGCAAGGUCUAUGCCAUCAUCUCACUGCAGCUGCUGGUGACAGUGGGGAUCAUCGCUGUGUUCACCUUUGUCUCCCCUGUCCGUUCCUUCGUCCAGAGGAACGUGGCUGUCUACUACGCCUCGUAUGCUGUGUUCCUGGUGACCUACCUGAUGCUGGCCUGCUGCCAGGGUCUCCGGAGACGCUUUCCCUGGAACAUCAUCCUGCUGAGCAUCUUCACACUGGCCAUGGGGCUGAUGACAGGGACGAUUGCCAGCAUGUACCGGACCAAUGCUGUCCUGAUUGCCAUGCUCAUCACUGCCAUCGUGGCCAUUAUUGUCACCAUUUUCUGCUUCCAGACCAAGGUUGAUUUUACGUCGUGUCCAGGGCUCUUCUGUGUGCUUGGCAUUGUGGUCAUGGUGACUGGGAUUGUCACUGCCAUUGUCCUCUCCUUCAAAUAUGUCCCCUGGCUCCACAUGCUGUAUGCAGCCAUUGGCGCGAUUGCCUUCACCCUGUUCCUUGCCUACGACACCCAACUCGUGCUGGGAAACAGGAAGAACACACUGAGCCCUGAGGAGUAUAUCUAUGGUGCUCUCACCAUCUACACUGACAUCAUUUACAUCUUCACCUUCAUCCUGCAGAUUGUGGGCAGGGAUUAGCACUGGGGCCCCUCCUGUGCCCUGCCCACUGCCCCUCAGCCCCUCCUCUGGCCUUUGUACAGCAUAUGGCCCCUUAGCUUCGGCAUUUCUUAGGCUGCUAAGCAAAGAGCUUCCCUUGAUCACCACUUGCCCUCCAAAGCCUUCAAGAGCAGUGGGGGCACUGGCUGCCAGGGUUUAGGCAGUGCCUGGCUUUGAGACCACUUGCCAAGCCCAUGACAGCACUGCUGACCUGGAGAUGGAGCAGUACAGUCCUGCCUGGGUGCUGGGAGCUGGUAGUGGCCACUGGGAUCAUGUUGGAACUUUUUUGGCAGAGCCCAGUUGGUUUCAAUCACUCUGUGCCUUAAACGUAGCUCUGGCUUUGUCUCCCUCCUGGAGCUGUGGCGAUGCCCGGUGUAGGCAGGGUGCAGGUGGGAGCCCUGUGGCAGGACUUAGUGGCAGAGCUUACGUCACAGAGGCCCUGCAGCCACAGAUGUGGUCAAAGUGCACUUGCUAAAUAAAACACUAAU